AUGAGCGAAGAGCUGAGCGCUGAGGAGCGCCAAAUCAAUGAGGAGCAUCGAAUAUGGCGCAAGAAUACCCCGCUUCUCUACGAUCUCGUCAUGUCGCACGCGCUCGAAUGGCCAUCACUCACCGCUCAAUGGUUGCCAGACACGCAAAAGGUUGAUGGUCAGGAUUACACGGUGCAUCGUCUCAUCCUCGGCACUCACACCUCCGACGAGCAAAAUCACCUCGUUAUUGCAAAGGUUCGAAUCCCGAACGAGGAUGUGCGCGUGGACGCGAAUCGUUUCGAUUUUGAUCAUUCUGAGUUCAACGGUUUCGGAAGUCAAGCGGGAAAGAUCGAUAUCGAACAGCGCAUCAAUCACGAUGGAGAAGUGAACCGAGCUCGCUAUAUGCCCCAGAAUCCGCACAUCAUAGCCACAAAAUCGCCUAACACUGAGGUCUACGUCUUCAACUAUCAGAAUUUCCCGCAAAUUCCACCAAAUGACGGUCAAUGCAAGCCGACGCUCAAACUUCGCGGACACACAAAAGAAGGCUAUGGUCUCUCGUGGAAUCCGAAUUUGGCGGGACAUCUCCUCUCGGCAAGCGACGAUCAAACGGUGUGCCUCUGGGAUAUCUCAUCGAAUGUCAGCGGUGGAACGGCUGCCGGAUCUUUCGUCGACGCAAAGAACAAAUUCCAUGCCCAUCAAUCGGUGGUUGAAGAUGUCGCCUGGCACGUGUUGCACGACUCGGUGUUCGGAUCGGUCGGUGAUGACAAGAAGUUGAUGAUCUGGGAUACUCGCUCAAACAACACCAAGACGCCAGCACAUACAGUUGACGCGCACACAGCCGAAGUGAACUGCCUCUCCUUUAAUCCAUACUCGGAGUUCAUCUUAGCUACUGGAUCUGCUGAUAAGACUGUUGCACUUUGGGAUCUCCGUAACCUCAAAUUGAAGCUUCAUUCGUUCGAGUCGCACAAGGAUGAGAUCUUCCAGGUACAAUGGUCUCCCCAUAACGAGACAAUCUUGGCCUCAUCGGGCACGGAUCGUCGCCUACAUGUGUGGGAUUUGAGCAAGAUUGGCGAGGACCAAAGCCCUGAGGAUGCCGAGGACGGGCCACCCGAACUGCUGUUUAUUCACGGAGGGCACACAGCGAAAAUCUCCGACUUCUCGUGGAAUCCAAAUGAGCCGUGGGUUGUCUGCUCGGUCAGCGAAGACAACAUCAUGCAGAUCUGGCAAAUGGCUGAGGAUAUUUGCAAUGAUGACGAUGGAGAUACGUCUAAUGAUCAACAC